UACAUACUACGAGAUAAUUUUUAUAUGUUUUUUAUCUUAUACUUUCAGAUUCCGAGAUUCCGUAUGAUGAGAUCAGAUUGAGCGCAAUGACAUCGAGAUACUUCGUGUUUGCCGCAGCUUUAGCGUACGUUGCAGUGUCUGCUGCACAAGUUUACAAGAGCUAUUCGUUGGACUCAUCUGCAACAUCCGAACCAGCAGCUACGAAUAAUGAUUUCACCACGCAAACGGUCUACGGAUUUCUGGACUUCACCACGACACUCGGCAACACGGUGAUGGUCUUCAGCCCUCAAAGCGCUCCACCAGAAGGGGACUCCGGUAAGAAGACUGCGUCUUCCAAGCCACCGAUUCACACGAAGCCGGCGGAACUGCAGCAGCAAAAGAAGAAUGUCCCCGACAUUCAGCCCAGCAAGACUCACAAGGUCGAAACCCAGGAUGGUGAGACGAAGAAACAGAUAAAGGGAACGAAAAUUGUUGUAAAUUCCGUGGUCGAGCAGAACGUGGUAAACCCGUCCGAGAAUACUGCAUCGAAGACGACAAAGAGUCAGGAGCCAAAUAAACAAGCAACAACAAAGACACCAGUAUUGUCAUCCGUCGUUCAGGUACGUGCCAAGGAUGAAGCUCUAGGUGUGAAAAAUAAUCUCGCCGAACCGGAAUACGAUUUUCUCUCAAAACAGCCAACGGAAGUGAUCGAUGAGACUUACAGGCUGAUCAACUUGCGACCCUCAUCGAAGGCUCAUCACAAGCCACGCGCCACCGCGCGAAGGGACAAGGAGAACCCGACCGGGCUGGUGACCAAACUCGGGGGCACCGUCGUGAAGGAUGGUCUCACCACCGUGCACGAGACCAGCGUAAUCGGCACCUACAUCAACGGCAAGUACGCCCAGGUGCUACAGAGCUCGUCCAGGAUCCUGACCGAGCCGAUCGAACCGGUGAUCGAAGACAUGAUUCGCCCGUCCAGCACGAAUCGAAUCCUGAAGACCAUAAGUCCACAUCACGGCAAGCUCAAGCCCCAGCUGGAGCCCACUCCGACCUACCAGCAGCAGGAGGAGUCCUCGCUGCCCUUAGAAGCUCUCUUUAACGCACCCUCCGGCACCCCAGUACGAACAACGCGGAGGCACUCGACCUCCAACAAUCAGCCCAGGCUCAAAUUCCGAAACAAGAUUGCCGAUGACUACGAGAAUAACGAACCGCAACAACAAACGAGGACAGGGAAAAAUCGCGCGACGACGACACGUCCAAAUUACAAGAAUCGUCCUGUAAUCACUACCACCAGCACCACAGAAGCACCGAUCAGUCGCCGUCGCAGCGGUUUUCGUCCGAACGGUCAGUCCACCAGCUUGCUCUCGAAGCAAUCAAUCAAAUCGAAGAGCAGCGAUCAGCAGCCAUCACCAACGGCUAGUCUUCCGGUGCCCAAGGUGAAGCUACCGAGAACGCAAGGUCGCUGGUCAUACAAGACCACGCCGAAGCCGAGGAUCAUGAUCCGCAAGCAGGUGGACGAGGAGGAUCCGCGAUCAUCGGCGACCGAGACGAGCACGACGGAGUCGUCUUUCGUGGUAAUCUCGGACGAGCAGAGCAAGACGACGGCGACGACCAGCAAUGCGGCCUCGACCUCAUCCGGCGGCGUCAUCCAGAGGAAGGAGUUGUCCUUCGCGGAGGAUGAGUUGGAUCCCAGCGAGAGCGAGGAUGUGGCCACCGUCAGUGUGCAGCAGGAACAACAGCAGAACGUUGCGGACCAGAUCCUUCCAGUGGAGACACUCAACGUAGAAAUCUCCACUGCGGCGGAUCUCGACAACGUGUAUUUCGAGAUCGCCACUAUCAAGUCGCCGUACUCCUUCCAGGUGGGAACAGCCCGGAACACCCGCUACAUUACAGUGACUUCCACCAUCAAGAAGACCUUUGCGACGGCCGAGCCGACUAGUUCUAUCACACCCACCGAACCGCUCACGGAGAAUAUCCUGGCGAACACGGCAGCCGCCUACGAGUCGACUCUGCCGCUCGAUUCGUCCGUUGCGACGCUACCGGCAAUCUCCCUGGAUGCCAGCCAGGCGACGCCGCCGUUAGAAACCCUGACAGAGACGUUCUCGACGACGCAAACGUUGCUGAAGACACACAUGUUACCAGUAAUUUAUGGUGGCAAUAGCACCACCCGUUUGACCCUGGUACAAACGUACAACAUCGCCCGAGUGGUGACGGCGACAAAGACGCUUCCGCCGAUGGAAAUCUAUCAGUUCAUCCCAAGCAAAACGCUGAACGAGUUCAAUUCGAAGCUCGACGAGGCUGGUAGCGAACUGCAUCUCGAGCUUGACUUCGGCGACGACGAUCGUGAUGACGAGGAUGUACUCAAGAGGGUGGUGGCGCCUAGCAACGAUCCUAAUUCCGAUCUGGAUAUUUUCAAGUCCGCAUUACCGUCCAAGGUCAAAAGCGACGUCGUAACCAGCAGCAGUGCCGAAUCUCAGUUGACUCCGGAACAGGUGCAACAAUUGGCUCUGCUAAAAUAUUUCGGUCAACCGCAACCCCAAGUCAUCACCACAUCUAGGCCAGUGGUCGUUUUGGAAACGAUGUACGAAUCGCACGUGAUUCCCGUAGUAAGCGCGGGAAAUACCAUUUACUCGACGUUGUCCAGGCCAGUUGCUACUGUACCUAGGACCUCCUACGAAUACGGCACAUCCACCCUGAGUCCGGUGCUGCAGCCGCAGGUGCCGCAAGUACCGCUAUUCCCGCAGCAGCCACAAUUCACGGUGACGAGCGCGCCCCUGGUCACUCAGACCCUUGCCACCGUGUCCGAUUCACGGGUAUUAAAGCUUACUUUCGGCGCUAAAACCGCGUAUACCACCCUCUUCUCCACGAGGGUCGUACCCACGGAGCUCACUACCUACGUCACCAACACGGUGCCAGUGCAGCCGACGGUACCGGCAUAUCCCGGUUAUUACCCAGCGCCGGUGCCCUAUCCGCCUUUCCCCUUUCUCGGUUAGAUUUUAAUCUAAUCGUCGAGCCUUUCGCGGUUCAAUUGCUACCACCAAGUAGAUUUGUUCCUUCGGACUAAAUUUAAAUUUUGGUAAUCCUCUUUAUAUGAGUACUAGUUCUUAUGAUAAACGCUAUGAACAAUGCGAUUAUAAACACAAACAGUACGUAUUUUAUUUAUUUAAUGGCUUUCUGUAAUGAGUUUGAGAAAUUUUUCGAUAUUAAUAUGUUAUUUCUCGCAAAUUUAUAUGUGCAUUGGUUGCCAUAUAUAUACACUUAUUGUUGUAUAAGUUAAUAUUGAAAUAGUAAUUAAUCUUGAAUAAAUUUAAAUUAGAAAUCAGUUUUUGAGAUAAACGUCAUAUAUUUAUAGAUAAGAAAAUACUAAUUAAAAUAUUAUUUUCUUUAAGAAAUUUUAACGUACUUAUUUGUGUUAAAUUAAAGAAUAACAUCAAUAAUAAUGCUGCAAUUUCAUAAUAUUUUUCAAUAGAGCGAUAGUUCUAUAAUUUCUCGUAAUUAUACAACUGCUGCGUAAUAGCAGUUCAAUACCGAUUUGGGUCACUACAAGUAGAACAUGAAAAAACGCAGCCGCGAUUGCAUGUCGGACAAAAUAAUUACAAGGUUGCACAAUUUCGAAUCAUAUAACGAACUGAUCGACAAUGAUCCUAGUUGGACCGCAUUGAAAAUUAUUGUAAAUAAAUUAUUGACUAUAAUAUUGUAUAUCGUAUAUUGUAUGUAUAUCGCGUAUUUUGUAAAUAAAUAAAACAAAAACGUAAAAUCCCCC